UACGUUUAAAACAGAUCAAAAUGGCACAGGUUUGGGCUGAGCGUCUUGGCCGUUUGGCUAUCCCGGCUGGUAUUGCCGUCUCGGCACUUCAAUACUCGAUGUACGAUGUCAAGGGCGGACAGAGAGCAAUCAUCUUCGACCGUAUUGCCGGAGUUAAGCAAGUUGUCGUCGAGGAGGGAACACACUUCUUGGUCCCAUGGCUCCAGCGUGCAGUCAUGUACGACGUCCGUACAAAGCCCCGCAACAUCUCCACCUCCACCGGAUCCAAGGACUUGCAGAUGGUCUCCCUGACCCUCCGUGUCCUCCACCGCCCCGAGAUCUCCGCUCUCCCUAGGAUUUACCAGACCCUCGGUGCCGACUACGACGAGCGUGUCCUUCCCUCCAUCGGAAACGAAAUUUUGAAGUCCGUCGUCGCACAAUUCGACGCCGCCGAGCUUAUCACUCAGCGUGAAAUCGUCUCCUCCAGAAUCCGCGAAGAUCUCGUCCGCCGUGCCCGCGAAUUCGGAAUCGAGCUCGAGGAUGUCUCGAUCACCCACAUGACCUUCGGCCGCGACUUCACCAAGGCCGUCGAGCAGAAGCAGAUCGCACAGCAGGAUGCCGAGCGGGCAAAGUAUGUCGUCGAGAAGGCUGAGCAGGAGAGACAGGCGAGUGUUAUUAGGGCUGAGGGUGAAGCUGAUGCUGCGGAUCUGAUUUCGAAGGCGUUGGAGCAGGCUGGUGAUGGUUUGAUUCAGAUCAGAAGGAUUGAGGCGUCUAAGGAUAUCGCGGCGACGUUGAGCAAGGCACGGAACGUUACUUACUUGCCUACGGGAGGAAACGGAGCGACUGCUGGUGGUGGUGGUGGUCAGAGCUCCACGGGUGGAGGAAGCUUCUUGUUCAACGUUGGUGGCGCUUAA